AUGGACAAACAAAAAUUGAGGACAACUUGGCAAUCAAGUGAAUGGAGUUUCAGUAGGCAGAAAAAGUUAUAUGAAUUAUAACACAAUUAAUCUACUUUGAGAUUUCAACAAUAGCGAAUCAAAACAGAACCCAAAGAGACUUUAAAAAAAUUUACAAAUCCUACAAGUUUUCAUGAAUAUGUACAAUUAAUCGAAAAAAAAUAUCGAAUUCAAAACUUGAGUAAACCAAAAAGGAAAGUAGGAAAUGGAAGAAGCCUAGUUCAAAUUUGUUCCACAAAAUCUCUAGUUCUAUAUGAAUCGUUACCUAAUCUUUUACAAAUAAAUUGA